AUGGACAACGACCAAUCAGACCUGUCUUCCACGGCGGACCAUGCCUCAAGCGAUGAGGAAACGAUCAAGGGGGAUCAUGAGCAGGAUCAUGUCGCUGAAAUACCAGAGGAAGAAAGAGCAGCAGAUGCGACAACAGAGCAACCUAGCAAUGGAACCGUCGUAAAUCGUUAUCGCGAGCUGCUGCGAGAUCAUGACGACGUCUCUGACUCUGAGUCCACCGAUGGACUGCCCAGGAGAGUCGGCAGUCCAAUUGACUCCUUGCUCUCUGUGCCGGAAGACUCUCCUUCGGUUCAGGGCUCUGUACUCUCUUCACCUGGAAGCAGCGCUCUGCCCUCCGUCGCCUCUCGACCCGGGCUCAGCAGCCCAACGCCGUCUUUCAGGCCUUUUGACCGGAGAUUCAAGUCUCGAAUAUCCUCCCCUUCUAUACUCACACCACGGUCGUCGUCGCCCUCAUAUCUCACGGGGCACAGUCGAACUGUGUCCACGACUAGCCAAUCUUUGUUGGAUCCAGGCGAGACCGAAGCCACAUCUCCACCCUGGGAGGGUGUGCGAUGGACAAGACUCCAGAAGUUGAAUGGGCAAGCCUUUUCCGAAGCAGGCAAACGCAACUUUGGGUCACCUACUUGCGUAGCAGUUUCUGCAUCUAUAGUUUUGGGGACCUCGAAGGGUAUAAUCUUAAUGUUUGAUUACAACCAGAAUUUGAAGAUGAUCAUUGGGCCUGGCACUAAAGCUAUCGAGUCGGGCGCUGUCACAGCCAUUGCAAUAUCCGCAGACCAUACGACACUUGGGGGCGGUCAUGCGAAUGGAAGCAUCUUCACCUGGGACACCAACCGAGCCUCCCGGCCAUUCCUUCAUAUACCCCAUCUGGACAGGUCUCCGCUGCAGAAUCGAACUGUAGAUGGUCAUGUACCGAAUGCGGCCAUCACCCACCUCGGAUUCUUGGGUACAAGGCACACUGCAUUGGUCUCCGCAGACGAUCGAGGAAUGGCAUUUUCUCACUUAGCGACCCGAGGAACUGGAGCUUUGGGGAGGACCGUCAAGACUUUGAGAAUUCUUGGCCGCUAUCCUGACACGCCAUCACCGGCGGGCAAAAUUCUCAAGCCAAGUACGGUAUUGGCGUUCUCCCCACUGCCACUUGGCAACAUUGAGCGAGCCACAGAUACUAUGGGUCUGACAGCAAUGCUGACACCCUACCUACUUGUCAUUGUCUCGACCACUCCCAUUGCUCAGACCCAGCAUAAAUCAGCGCGGCCUAAGGAUGUCGCACCCCACAGCGCUAUGAGCGGUUGUUUGGCUUGGUUUCCUGCGGUCAAGUUGAAAGUGCCAGAUCCCAUAUCAGGCAGUACCAUGUCCAAAGUCAAGCUCGUAUACUGCUGGUCGAACGUCUUGACUGUCUUGGAUGUCGAUGAAGUGCCUUCGGAGUCCAAGGAUAAGCCGCCGAGUCUAAAAUUCAAAGCCCGCAAUCGAUGGACUUGCGAAGAAGCUAUUGUUGCAGUACAAUGGUUGAGCCGAUCUGUUCUCACAGUUCUGACCAUAACCCAGCGUCUGAUCGUGCUAGAAGAUCGGAGUAUGCGGAUGACUGAAGCGUUCGAUCUGAUCCACAAGCAUAUCUACCAUAUAGAUCUGUUUUCAAAACAGCUACACACACUAGUAGAACAGCUGGACGAGGAUGACUCUUCCAUGCACGGCGUGACCGCUGAUGCUUUCUACAUGAGCCUCAAAGCUUAUAAGGGAAGACUGUUUCUGCUGGGUUUCAAUGACGUCUCCAUAGGCGCGUUGUCGAACUGGGCCGAUCGCCUAAUCGCCCUGAUGGAGAAUGGUGACUACGUCGGGGCAAUCCAACUCGCAACCUCUUACUAUAGUGGCGAUGCCGACAAGCUCACUGUCGGACUGCCGGAAGAUACCACUCUGAGACACCAGAUGGUUCGCGAUAAGCUGAUAGAGAUCAUGAGUGCGUCGCUGAAGUAUGCCUUCGGCCAGAGACAAAAGAACAAAGAGGCUGCGGAUGACCACCAUUUACAAGAGCUGGCGGAAACUUGUUUUGUCUCAUGCCGAAGUGUUGGGGAUAUGGACUUUCUAUUCGACGAUAUAUACGAGUGGUACGAAGAUGGUGAGGUUGAGGGUAUUUUCCUCGAAGUCUUGGAACCCUGCAUCCUGGAAAAGACUAUUACGACUGUGCCACCUACAGUGGUCAAGGCCAUGGUUGCACACUAUGUGAAGAAAGGUUGGGAGAGCCGCCUCGAGGAGAUGAUUUGCCACAUGGAAACGGCGACACUUGAUAUCGACCAAGUCACCUUUCUCUGCAAACAAUACGGCCUCUAUGAUGCUCUCAUAUAUGUGUGGAACCAGGCGCUCAACGAUUACAUCACACCGCUGGUAGAGUUGCUGACUCUUCUGAAACCAUUGAUGCAAAAUGGGGAUUAUGCGUCUUCCGGGAACAUCAUGAACGACGAAAUCUUUGGUGUGAAUGCGCUGAAAAUGUUUCCAUACCUGUCCUAUACUCUGACUGGAAGAGUAUACCCCACUGGGGAGAGACUGGACGAGGCGUUGGCAUCGCAAGCCAAAGCCGAACUUUACUGGUUCCUGUUCUCCGGCAAGAAUAUCACUUGGCCUAAGGACAGCAACAAAACAUUUCGCACUCGGCAGGCUCAAAGUGAGGAACCAUCAUUCCCGUAUUUGCGCAUGAUCCUCAAGUUUGAUGCGCCGAGCUUGUUGAGUGCGCUGAACGAGGCCUUCGAAGACUCCUUCCUCAACGAUUCUCAGGACAAACCCUUGAACGGGGGCUUAGGCAAGGACCUCCCUGAAGAACUAAUCUUUGGCCUGACGGUCGACCGUCAGUACGUGAUUUCCAUCUUAUUGGAGAUCAUGAAUCCAGCAGAUUUCGCCCCCGAAGACACGAUAUACCUGGAUAUGUUCAUCGCUCGUAAUUUGCCCAAGUUCCCUCAGUAUCUUCUCCUGCCUGGCUCUACGCUGAAUAGGGUUGUCACUGGGCUUUGUAACUAUCCAGGGCCAGACUUGGCUGAAGAUGCGCAACUAAGUGCGGAGUACAUAAUGUCAGUGUACCACCCGCCGGAUCUGUCGCCAAUGAUACCACUCUUUAAAAAAGCUGGCUUCUAUCGGAUCCUGAAGCGAAUCUACAAGAACGACAAGCAGUUUGGGAAGCUGGUGCAAACUUACUUCGAGGACCCGGGAGAUCAAGAAGAAGUCUUUGAUUGCAUCGCCGAGUGCCUCAGGCCGCAGACCGGGCUCACUAAGAGACAAGUCCAGGAUGUCCAUGAGGUUUUGAAACAGCACUCGCGUGAUCUGGUUGAGCUCGAUGCUUCGAGGGCUGCGCAAACCAUUGCAAGUUACGCCUCGGAACUGCACCACUUCGUCCUCACCCCGCUUGGAGAGGAAUCCGAGCUGCAAUACGAGUACCUCAAGGCCCUUCUAGAGCCCGAGUCGUCUGCAGAAGACCACAAAGCUACUCUGGAUCGAGAUUUUAUCGAGCAGUAUGUCCAGUUGAUGUGCCAGUUCAACCCGUCUCACGUGUCCGAUUAUGUCGCUCUCGUCCAAGCGACAAACCUGAGACUUGACAAGUUGUUACCGACAAUGGAAGACACUGGCGUCAUAGAUGCUGCCGUCAUGUUAAUGGCCCGAGAAGGACAUGUACAAGACGCCAUGGAUCGCUUGACCAAACACCUCAACACCCUCGUUUCGGCAUUGCAGGGUCUUUUGACUGGUGCGAAUGGUACGAACGGGCACAGUGACGAUUUGGACACGCAAGAAGCAGCAGAAGACUUGUUGAAGGGCCUGCAGAAGUACACCCAUGUGGGCAUUUGGCUGUGCCAAGGUCAAAUGAAAACUUCCAAGAAGUUGACGUUGCUCCAACGGCGACAAACAUCGCCAACCGCCAAUGAGCUUACCGCCGACGAGCUGCUUUGGCUGAACUUGAUAGACACAGCCGUCCAGAUAACGCGCCGCCUGACUUCCAUCAUAGCACCCGUGGAAUCGACGGAGCAAAUCACUACAUCUGCAGACGAUCAAGGACUCGAUACUGAAAGGCUUGUGGUUCUUCUGCGCUCUCUAGUGCAACACACAUUCACUGCACUAUUGACAGCAACCUCAACUCAAGGCACCCAACCGUCCCCGUCCAGCCGCUUACUAUCCACGUCGGGCGGUUCCUUGACGUUCUUGCGGAUUCUGCGGGCUUUUCUUACCCGCGCCGCAGCUAGCUCCCCAAAUCUGGCCGACCUGCGCGCUGUUUUGACAUCAAUAUUUUCUGCUUACGCAUACGAGGAGUCUAUUCUCCAGCUCUCGAACCGGUUGCUGGAGCAGCGGUUGUUCGUCAAUGUACAACAAGCCGUACAGUUAAGGCAAAGGGGAUGGCGACCUAAGGGGUCAACGUGUGAGGUAUGUGGAAGGCGAGUGUGGGGUCCCGGUGUGCAGGGAAACGUAUUCGAAGCCUGGGAAGACAAACAGACCAUUGAAGAGCGUAGGAGAGCAGAAAAGAAAGCGGCGUCGACGGGCGCGCCGGCUGAAAGAGGCAAAGGCAAGGCAGAGAGUCCAAGGGACGACACUGCAUUUGAGAACAGAAGUAAGGGUAAGGAGGUUGGCACAUCGACCGGCGAGGACAGCAGCAGGGCCGAAUAUGCUGCAGCGGAUCAAGGUGAAUCACACGGAACCCCGACGACCGAACCCAAUGGGGCAGCCAGUUUGGCGACGAAGAGAGACCAGCCACUUGGCCCACUUGUUGUGCUGGCCUGCCGACACAUCUAUCACCAGAGCUGUCUAGAUACGCUGCAAGCGCAGAGGGGCGACACGCAGAGGACGGUGAACGAGUUCGGCAGGGAGCAGGAGUAUAGAUGUCCCAUUGAUGGAUAG